AGAGAGUGGACAGGAGACGAUUUUUCCGGUGUUCGAUUUUUCUACUGAUCGAGGUUUCUUCCACUGUUCUGGUGCAUAAAGACUGUCCGGAGCUCGAUUCUGAUUCUGUCCGCAGGACGACCUGGGUUAACAGCCGAGUGUGGAGCCUAUCGUCAGUCAUGCGUCUCGUGUGUCGACACAUCUCCACUUUCGGGAAACACUCAAUCACCAAUCACAAUCAUGUUGGCCGGAGAUUCCUUCACCGUGACAUAACUGUGAUCGGCGGCAAUCUCAUCGGCGCCGCAACGGCGGUAGCUCUGGCAGCGUCUCCGGCUUUCGCUCAGCGCGCCAUUUCAUUGGUCGAGCGACGAGACAUUAAGUUCCCCCAAAACCUCAAUGAAUGGUCCAAUCGAGUUUACGCGAUCACGCCCGGUACCCGAAGGUUCCUGGUGGAUCAAGGCAUUUGGCAGAAAUUAUCGCCCCAGCAGAAACACGUCUGCCGGAGGAUGGUCGUCUGGGAAAAUCAAAGCGACGCGGCCUUGGAUUUCCGGGGUUCGGAUCUUGUCAAAGACGACGAGGACGUGGAGCCUGACACCGUUUGCUUUAAUAUAGACCAGCACGCGUUGCUCCACGCUAUCUACGAGCGACUGAAGGAGCUACCGAACAUCGAGUUGAGAUCCAGAACCCGGAUCACGAACAUCGAGCUGCCGACGCUCGACCGACGGUCGUUUCCCCCGGAGAAAGUCACGUUUGAAAUCUUCGACGAGCCCGAGAAACACACGACUGACCUCUUAAUCGCAGCCGACGGAUUCAACUCGCAAAUCCGAAAGCUGAUGGGCGUGAAGAAUGUCUCGUGGAGCUACAAACAGAAAUCCGUGAUCGCCGUCGUGGAUCUGGACGGUCUAAGCGACGUCGACGGGACAGCCUUCCAGAGAUUCCUGCCCGAAGGCGUCGUCGCAUUGUUGCCGCUCGGGAACAAAAAAGCUUGCCUUAUCUGGUCCCUGGUUGACGACUGUGCCGAGCAAAUCCUCAAGCUUUCCGACGAAGAGUUCGUGGAGACCCUCAACAGGCACCUCACCGAUACGCUAGAUUACAAUCAAGGCGUGAUGUCCGUGCUGCACGGUACUCGGCUCAUCAUGAACUCCGUCGGGCUGCGACAGAGUUGCUCGAAAGUCACCCCCCCGAGAGUGGUGGCCGUUCAUCCACAGACGCGGGCGUCGUACCCUCUUGGUAUGGGUCAUGCGGUGAAUUAUGUCGUUCCCCGGACAGUGUUGGUCGGGGACAGCGCACACCGAGUGCAUCCUCUGGCUGGACAAGGCGCGAAUUUCGGCUUCGCAGACGUAGAGUGUCUCGUGAGGAAUCUCGCAGGGGCCGCUUUCCGGGGGGAGCAACCAGGAGACAUGAAAGCCCUGAUAGCGUACGAACGCGAAAGGCAACGAGCCCUUCUGCCCUUCCAGGUGGCGAUCGAAGGUCUGAUUCAUAUCUACCAGAACAAGAAUCUACCGGUGGUUCUCGCUCGCAGUCUCGGAGUCCAAAUCUUAGACUCUCUCCCGUAUCUGAAACACAAAAUCAUCCAGUUCGCGUCCCGGUAACUCAUGCCGCUGUAUUUUAUUCACGCUCAAAAUGGUAGCGUUUUAGGGCAGAGCAGGAAAUAAAGAUUCAAAGCUGUU